AAAAAAAAAUAAGCCUGAAAAGUUUACAUCACCAAGAUAUUGAAAUUUUCUAUCUCUGAAAUUUUGCACCACCUACUUUACGGCCUGCACCAAAGGCGAAAAUAAUGGAUAAGCAUCGGAUGUCGUACCGGCAGACCUUCGUGGUCGCCAUUAUAGUUGUUUUGGUUGUAGCCUCGCUGGGUUUCGUUCAUGCAAACGACGAUGCACAACACUGUAUGAUGAGUUGCAAAACUAGAAACGGAAAAGGAUGCAUUGGUCGACUUUACCAGCUUUCCGAGGAGCUUAGUCGUGUCGCUAAGUUGCCGGUAGGUUCGCAUGUUUGCCGGCGACAUUGGGAUAUGUUACGAAGAAGCAACUUGCGCUGCUCAUGUCCCAUGCACGAUAAACAACAGCCCUCACGUCUGAACAAGCAACCUAUUCCAAGUCGUUUUUAUCCGGUAUUUGACGAGAUUGGGCUAACAGUGGCAGGAUACCAGCCUGGUACUCGGUGGUGUUACCGGUGCAAGUUGCUCGCCUAUAAGAAAUUUGAAAGCCGUCCUCAAACAAGUAGAAAACCAGUCGAGGAAAAAGCAAAUAGUAGUACAUCCGCCAUCAGCACAGAACAACAACUACAAAAGAUAUUUCAGUUUAAGGGAUCCCCUAUUCUACACCUCCAUGAAAGUAUGCAAGAUAUAUCUAUGUCAGCACCUACCAUAUCCCAACUGGAUCAAACAAAGCAACAAUUUGGAAGGCUGUUUUCAAGACUUGAAGCUCUAGCAGACAUAUGUGACAUUCAUCUCCUGGAAACAUGGAAAGAGCUGCAAACUCCCCUAGGUACCAUCAAAAUUGCCCCAAAUGGCAACGUGUUAAUGGAUAGUCAAGUAUGGGACCAAAUAAAGACAACAAUCAAGGAAUUGGAUGAAUUGGAUGAAGGUAAUUCACUGGGCCAACUAGUGCAACAAUUUCAGAUGGCUCUAUACCAUCAUGCCCUCAGUAGUGAAGCUCCAUUAUAUGAGCCAGCAGCAAUGAAAGCGUUCACACAAAAACACUCUCCAGGUCUGUUUGAAAUGCUUUUAAGUUCAAUAACAAGGGAGGACUCCAGACUCUCAGAUGAACAUCAAGCUGUACAGGAGCAAAGAACUGUUGUUCUCCUUCACACACUGGCAUAUUUCAGGUCUCAGAAAACUUCCACCCUACAAAAGGAUGAAGGGCUAUUCCUACAACAUCAUGUUGCUUCUAGGACAGCAAUCAAUUCAGGAAGGAUACUUGGUUUCAGUACAAGUCCUAGAAAUAUUGAUUCUCACAAGAAAGCACUAAUAACAAAAUAUCCAGACAUACUGAUGAGAAAGGUUAUCCUGGCAACAGAGAAAGGAUUCCUAAUUGUACAACUGUUGGAUGACUUCCAUAAUAUUUUGACUGUUAGACUACCAACAAAUCUGAAGCUAUCAUUAGCUACGCACAUGGCUAGUGGCCUACUGGACAUCCAUCCUUCAAUUCCUGCUGUUCCUAUUCCUAGAGAGAUACAAGACACAGCCGAGUGAUUGUGAAGAUAGGGAAUGAAAAUAAAAUUUGCAGAGGAGGAAUUGUUCUAGACUACAUAAAAGAGUUGUUUCAAAGACCAGUGUUAUCAA